AUAUUCAGAAGAGAGAAAAAACAGGAACCGUGUGGAUAACUGACCGACAGGGCCGCCUCUCAUUAGCCUAUACUGGGAGAAAAUCCACGCAGUCGAUAUGCUGAUGGAUUGAUUUCUUGCAGCCAGAAGCUUUUUAUUAAUGCCAUUAUUUUACUAUAUGAGGCAUAUUUUUACUCGGUAAUUCAUUGUUGGCUCGGAGGCGGUUGUCCUGAUGAAGUGUCGGCAGAGGGAGGAGGAAACCAAAGAGAGGAAGGAAACGAGGAUAACGUCACGAGAAGCAGAAUCGAAGUAAAACGGACUGAAUAGUAUUUAAUGGACAGUGCUUGAUGCGGGCCGGGGGACCGAGCUGCUCAAUUGUGUUUGUUUACGUCGCAUUUGGACAAAGAUGUUUUUGUUAACUGAUCGGGCGUGAAUAGGGGAAGAAAACAUUUCGAGGAGGAAACGGCAACACAACAGCAGCAGCAGCAGAUUUCAUCAUUUUUCAGGAGGCUCCACUAAAGCAGAGAAAUGGAAAUGUGUGUAGCCCUCCUCCGUUUGCCUGUUCGCUGAAGGAUUUGGAAACAGCCUAAUCGUGACACACGGAGCUUUAAGUGGAUCUCAUUUUUUUUAAUGAGUGAAUAAGACUAAAUCCUCCGAGGGAUUUUUUUUUUCUGGGGACGGUGCUUUCAGUUUUUUUUCACGGCAGAGGAAAAAAAAGCAGCAAAAUCAUCGGGAGAAUUAACAGGUGAAGGCUAGCACAAAUCCAAAAUGAGUGAGCUGGAGCAGCUUCGCCAGGAGGCUGAGCAGCUUAGAAACCAGAUACGAGAUGCCAGGAAAGCAUGUGGUGAUUCAACCCUGACACAGAUAACUGCUGGUCUGGAUCCUGUGGGGCGGAUUCAGAUGCGCACGAGACGCACCCUCCGUGGCCAUCUUGCUAAGAUCUACGCCAUGCACUGGGGCACUGACUCAAAGCUUCUGGUUAGUGCCUCUCAAGAUGGAAAACUGAUCGUCUGGGACAGCUACACCACUAAUAAGAUACAUGCCAUUCCUUUGCGCUCCUCCUGGGUGAUGACCUGUGCGUACGCCCCCUCUGGGAACUACGUGGCCUGCGGAGGCCUGGACAAUAUCUGCUCCAUCUACUGCUUGAAGACUCGCGAGGGCAACGUCAGGGUCAGCAGGGAGCUACCUGGCCACACAGGUUACCUGUCAUGUUGCCGUUUCAUCGAUGACAAUCAAAUCAUCACGAGUUCAGGAGACACCACAUGUGCACUGUGGGACAUCGAGACGAGUCAGCAGACCACGGUUUUCUCCGGCCACAGCGGUGACGUCAUGAGUCUGUCCCUGUCGCCCGAUCUCCGCACCUUUGUGUCGGGAGCCUGCGACGCCUCGGUCAAACUGUGGGACAUCAGGGACAGCAUGUGCCGGCAGACCUUCACGGGCCACGAGUCGGACAUCAACGCCAUCUGCUUCUUUCCCAACGGCAGCGCCUUCGCCACAGGCUCGGACGACGCCACCUGCAGGCUGUUUGACCUGCGUGCAGACCAGGAGCUCAGCCUCUACUGCCACGACAACAUAAUCUGUGGCAUCACCUCCGUGGCUUUCUCACGCUCUGGUCGUCUGCUGCUGGCUGGUUACGAUGACUUUAACUGCAACAUCUGGGACGCCAUGAAGGGAGACAGAGCAGGGGUCCUGGCCGGCCAUGACAAUCGUGUGAGCUGUCUGGGUGUGACGGAUGACGGUAUGGCGGUGAGCACCGGGUCCUGGGACAGCUUCCUUAAGAUCUGGAACUGAGCCGCGCACAUCAACAGCGAACACACACGCACAUCAAUAGCGAACACACACACACACACACACACACACACACAUACACACAUACACUCACACACACACACACACACACACACACACACACACACACACACACACAUCUUUGGACACAGUUUGCACCCUGUAUUCACUGUAUGUAAGAUUCAACAGACAAACUGCAACAAUGUACUGUACAUAAUAUAUAUGACUUAGGUAUGAGUUUACACACGCGCACACGCACACACGCUGUAUGCAGGACAAGACAAGACGAGACCUGAACACAUGCCCACACUACCUACAGCUGAUUUAAGUACAGUACCACAUGCACACAAACACACACAUGUAAUCUGUAAAAUGUAAAAAUGUGACAAAAAACAGUUGAAUCUUCAGUUGCUCAAAUAAAAAAACACAAAUGCCACUAUUACCUGAAGCCUUUUAACAUGUCUAACACGCUCACACACACACACACACACACACACUUUUUCCUGAGAGACACUGCUCCUCCAGUUAAACAGGGGAGAAGACGUUAUUGGACAAUUCUGUCUUUGUUUACAAUGAAGUCCAAAAUGCACUUCAGACAAAAAAAUUCUGUACUAUUUUUGUCUCAGUAGCACAUGUAUCUCGCUGAUGCUAAUGUGAAGGAAGAAUGGUUGUGGAAAGAGAAUCAUGUGAGUCCAUUAACACUGAAAAAAAGGAGUCCAAGGAAAAUAUCAAGUCUUAUUUUCAUCUGGCUCGAAACAUCAUGUAGUCACUGUUUUUAUAGAUAUGUACCCCCCACAUACAGUACAUCUGCUCUUAAGUUUUUGUUUUAUUCUUCUUUUAUUUUUUACACUUAUUUUGUUCAUGUUCUCCCUGUGUGCCUCAGAUACACUUUAAGGAUUAUUAAUAGAGAAUAUUGAUACAGUUAAAUAAAAAAUAAAAAAUCUGAGAUUCAAAAGGUGGGUGAAAAAAUAAAAGCAUUAUAAGACACAUCUUAAUAAAGCAGGAGCCAGUAUUCAUACUUUGACUUUGUCAUUGUAUUAUCUGGACAUUACGAUGGUAUAAUUGUACAUAAUAUUAAUAAAAAGCCUCUCCUGCCAGUUA